AUGUCUGCAAAGUAUGCAACAGGCAAAGGGCAGCAUGCAGAUGCAGAAAUUCUUUUCGCAUUCUUUCUUGCUGGCGCCGUUUGCUGUACCCUUACCCAUGCCGCCAUGACCCCCAUUGACGUCGUCAAGACGAGAAUCCAGGUCGAUCCUUCCCUCGCACGCCAUAAUUUGCUUUCAGCCGGUCGCAAGAUCGUCGCAGCUGAGGGCCCGAGAGGCCUUUUAACUGGAUUUGGGCCAACAGCAGUUGGAUACCUUGCUCAAGGAGGAGCCAAGUUUGCAGGAUAUGAAUAUUGGAAGAAACAAUUCGUGGAAGUUGUUGGCUCGCCGGAGGAAGCUGUGAAGUAUCGAACACCGAUUUAUCUCGUAGCAGCGAGCGUUGCAGAGUUCUUCGCCGAUAUUCUCCUCACUCCUCUCGAAGCGACUCGUAUCCGGCUAGUAUCAAAUCCAAAGUAUGCCAGUGGCCUCGUCACUGGGUUUGCUCGGCUUGCUCGGGAAGGUGGCCUUCGUGAAAUGUACGCUGGCUUCCUCCCCAUCAUUUUCAAACAGAUUCCAUAUGCUAUAGGCCAGUUCACGGUGAACGAGUUCUGCCACGAACUCGUGUACAAGACGAUGACGCCGGAGCAACAAGCUACCCUUACCCGUUCCAAGAAGUUCGCUAUUGAUCUCGGGUCUGGUCUCACCGCUGGUGCCGCAGCAGCAGUUCUAAGCCAGCCCGCUGAUACUCUCCUUUCGCGAAUCAACCGCGGCCAUGGACCUACUGGAACCAUGCUUCAUCGUCUCCGUGUUCUAGCUCAAGAAGCCGGAUUUAGAGGAUUGUUUGCUGGAUUGGGUCCUAGGAUCUUCAUGACGGCCGGUUUAGUAUCUGGACAAUUUUUGGCGUAUGGCGCCAUCAGAGACGCACUUGGAGCACCACACGGAAUCGAGAUUCAUAAGGAAUAGACGAUGGAUCGAACUCUCAGUACGUCAUGUAGAUCAUUGAAGUGUUGUUUUCAGACGUCGACUUCACGAGUCCAUUGAAUGAGAAUUUUCAUUUUUAUGGAAGGGAGGUGACUGAUAGAUGGGACCACAGUUCCUCACUGGUAUAGUACUAUGACAGACUAUAGGCAGACUGGGACUUGAGUAAACCUCGGAAUGUCAUCGACUGUUCACGCCGAGAGUAUUGUUGAUCUGUCCAUGUUUAUUCUAAUAGGCUGCCUACAU